AUGAAAUCUUAUCAAGAUGCGACCGCUGUCGUUCAGCAUCAAGACUCAUUGGUUCUCUCCACCGUCCAACUUCCCAGUCUUCAGGACCACCAAGUGUACGUAAAGGUCGAAUUUGCUGCCUUCAAUCCUACGGACCGGCUUGCUUUUGACCUACAAGCAUUUGGAGACGACGCUGUCUUGGGUUGCGAGUUUGUUGGCACUGUCGUCGAAGCUCAUCCUACUGUUACCAAGCUAGAAGUUGGUGACUGCAUUGCUGCACUUGUUUGGGGCGGAGAGAUCAAGGGCCUCGGAGCAUAUUCGACAUUCUGUAUUGCAGACGAACGACUUUCGUUCAAAAUCCCAGAUGGCAUCGCACAUCCUAGCGCUUGUUCCAUACCACUCGCCGCAAACACUGCUUAUCUGGCACUCUUCUCACAAAACUCCCUUGGGCUUCCCCAGGGAGGAAGUGGGAAUGGUCGGUCUGUUCUCAUCUGGGGCGGAAGCUCCAUUGUAGGCUACUUCGCAAUCCAGUUCGCCAAUCUUCACGGGUUUACCGUCGCCGCCACCUGUAGCCCCAGAAACUUCGAUCUCGUCAAAAACGCCGGCGCGACACACGUCUUCGACUACGCGAACGUCGAUGUCGUGACGAGAAUCCAGGAGUGUCUCCCCGAACUAUCUCACGUUUUCGACACUAUUGGCAACGACGAAUCGUCAACGACUGCCUCAAAGUGUCUGAAGAGUGGUACGGGAGAUCUCUGCACGGUUCGCCCGGGAAGGGCUAAGACUGAGGGCGUAUCCGCCGGGAUUCGAGUAACGGACGUUUUUGUCUUCACUGCGUUUCCGACACCACAUACGUACCGAGGGACGACGCAUUGGCCGGUUAUCAUGGAGAAUCACGCUCUCAGUGCUGCAUUAUAUGAGGACCUUCCAAGAUUGCUGUUGGAGGAAAUGAUUAUCCCGCCUCCGGUGAAAUGUUUGGGGAAUUUGAGCCCAGAGGCGGUCUUGGAGGCUAUGCAUCUUAACAGAACCGGGAAGGUUUCGGCUGAGAAAUUGUACUUUGAAGUAUUCGUUUGAGCGCUGGUUGGAGGUAUUGGCUGAAGAUGCAUGCUCCUUUUUGAGAACACCCUACAUUCAUAGUGGUCACCUACACCAAGAUUGCGUUAUACAUGCCAAAUUCCAAAUAAACUUAGAAAGUUCAAAAUCUAUGACG